UUAGAGAAUGGAUACGAGGUGGUUGAUGCAGUGGAAGGGAAUGGAAACAACAAUGAUGAUGCUGGUGAUGAUGAUGAUGGAGAAGAUGAAGAAUGCGGUGCAGAUGAUGCAGAAGGAAAGGAGACCAAGAAAGGACCUGUAAGUGAUCCUGAUUUGAAUGGUGAAGCUGGAGAUGAUGAUGAUGAUGAACCUGAAGGGGAUGACGGUAAUGAUGACGAUGAUGAUGAUG